AGACGAUAGUCGCCCAGUUGCAAGUUGUCGGUGGGCAGUUGGCAAUUCGUUCGUUGUUUGUUGUUCGCAGCUCGCAGCUCGCAAGUCGCAGUCCGCCGUUAACAGUCAGUAGACCAAGUCGAAUUCCAAACAAGAGCACAUGUUCAGCCAGUCGGAUGGUUGAUGGUCGUUGUCCGAUGGUCGGUUGUGAUCGUGGUUUGCGGUAUCUGUGCUCAAAGCUUCCACAACCAGUUUGCUAGCAGCGAUCGUCCUUAGCUCGUCGUGCUGCUUUCUUAGCGGGUUCCUCGUAUUCGCUAACGUGUCGCAGUCGCAUUCGUUAUCGCAUAAAUUCCCGUAUACGUAAAAUAUAUAAAUAUAUCUUUGGCUGCGCAACUGGAAAUCUAGUUUGCUUAUGUUGUGAUAAUUAUGUGAUAUUUUCCCCUACAAAAAACAUAAUCUCCACCUGAUCUCUCUAACCGCAUCUCAUCUCGGUUUAUACAUUAAUGUGCAUGAAUUUAGUCAAGUGAUUUUUACAAAUAUAAUUCUACGAAUACAACACUCGUAUAGUGCUCUCAGAGAGAGAGAGAGAGUGGCUCUCUUUCGCUCUCCUCUCUCGAAUUGCCUCUCACGCGAGUGAUUCUUUUUUGCGCCCUUUGGGUUACGCAAGAAGAGAACAACUUGAAUUAUUUUCGACACUUUGGGAAUUUAUGACCAUUUGCCAGGGACUAUUGUUUCUACUCGAUUGUCUUUGGGCAUACACUAAAUAUUCAACACAUAAUUAUAUAAAUUAUCCAACUAAUUAAAUUAUUCGCAAAUAAAAAUAUAAUCAAAGUAAUUAAAUCAAAUAAUUAUAAAUAUCAGAUUAAAAUCAAUUGAAAAUAUUAAACAUUUUGCAAAAGUAAUUCAAUCUAAUAAUUAAUAAAUCGAUGCGAAUCGAUUAAAAAUGCGUGCAACUUGCUGCUGAAUUCGAUUAAAUCCAAUUGAAUUGAUUACGCCAACGCAAACUGCGCUUGAAUUUUAUAAAUUAAACUAAACAUUUGAUUGCCACUUUGCACGUUGCUAAGAUGGUUUCCGAGGAGAACUGGAACAGCGACACAAUGUCUGAUUCGGACAUGAUUGACUCGAAGAACGACGUCUGCGGAGGCGCCUCAAGCUCCAGCAGCAGCUCGAUUUCGCCUCGCACGCCUCCGAAUUGCGCCCGUUGUCGCAAUCACGGGCUGAAGAUCACAUUGAAGGGCCACAAGCGGUACUGCAAGUACCGUUAUUGCACCUGCGAAAAGUGCCGCCUCACCGCCGAUCGACAGCGUGUCAUGGCCCUCCAAACUGCGCUCCGUCGCGCCCAAGCGCAGGAUGAACAGCGAUCGUUGCACAUGCAUGAGGUGCCGCCGCCGACGAGUGCCACGAAUGCGCUGCUUAGUCACCACAGCCAUCAUCACCACGUGCAUCCGCACGCUGCACAUGGUCACCACGGCCACGCCCACCACGCCCAUGUGCUGCACCAGCAUCAGCAGGCAUCGGCUGCCGCUGCCGCCGCAGCAGCAGUUGCUGCUGGGGCAGCUCCACAGCCACAGGCACAGAGCCAUCUGGGUGGCGGAGGCCACAACGGGGCGAGUGCCAGCUUACAUGGUCACGCCCACGCGCACGCUCACGCCCAUGUGCAUCACGCCCACAUGGCGGCAGCAGCAGCCGCUUCGGUGGUGCAGCAGCAUCAACAGCAGCAACAUCAUCAUCACAGCAACAGCAGCCACCAACAACAACAGCAGCAGCAACAGCAACAGCAGCCGCAUCAGGCUUCCACUUUGAGAUCUCCGUCGCACAGUGACCAUGGUGGUGGUGGCACAGUGGGACCAGCCACCAGCAGCAGCAGCAACAGCAGCUCGGCUGGCGCCACUUCCAGCAAUGUGGCAGCUGCCACCAGCAGCGCUGGCAGCGCCACCAGCAGCUCAGCUCCAGCCAGCAGUGGAGGCGGAGGCGGUGGCGGAGGAGGUGGCAUCAGUGUCAUCACCAGCGCAGAGCAUCACAUGUCCACGGUGCCAACGCCCGCUCAGUCGCUGGAGGGCUCCUGUGAUUCAUCCUCGCCAUCGCCAUCAUCCACAUCGGGCAACGCUGUGUUGCCCAUCUCAGUGUCCAGCACUCGCAAGAAUGCGCCUCUGGGCCAAGAUGUUUUCCUAGACUAUUGUCAAAAGCUGUUAGAAAAAUUUCGUUAUCCAUGGGAGCUGAUGCCGCUUAUGUAUGUGAUAUUAAAAGAUGCUGGCACUGACAUUGAUGAGGCUUCGCGUCGCAUUGAAGAGGGCCAAUAUGUUGUGAAUGAAUACUCCCGUCAAAACAAUUUGAACAUCUAUGACGGGGGUGAACUGCGCAACACAACGCGGCAAUGUGGAUGAUAAUUUUUCUAUUAAUCGCAUUGAGAGAAUCGCUAAAAAAGAUAAAACAAAAGCACACAAAAAAAAAUGACCGAAAAGAAUUUGAAACAAAUUUUGAUUGGUUAUAUAUUUAUUGUUUUACGUCUACGAUCUACAAAAUACAGUUAAAUAAUUAAACUUUAAAACCUAAUACUUAGCUUAAAGCUUCACGAAAUCGCGCGCGAGUUAAACUAAACUAAUAAGAGAAAAAAGCCUCUGUAAAUAUAUCGAAUUUAUCGUAAGCACGCAACACUUACUCUUCUUCAAACUUGGAAAUACACGUAUCUUCAAUCAACAAACCAAAUAUCUAUGUGGAUGUCCUUUAUUUCUUCAAUCAACACACCCUAAAGAUGACGGCCGGUAUUAAACACACUUCUUCAAUCAACACUCCCAGACGACAAUUCAAUCUCGACUAUCUUCAAUCAACACUCCCAGACGACAAUUCAAUCUCGACUAUCUUCAAUCAACAAUCAACACGAUGUCCUGCUUUCAAUGAUUUCUACUCAUCAAUCAACACACUUUACUACAAAAUCCUUAUCUAAACUAUCGGUUAUUGAAUCCUUACGAGUAUCAUCAAUCAACUCUCACGUGCUAGAAGACUACCAAUCGGUUGUUUAGCUUUAGUUACAUCUUAAUCUUAUCAUUGACUAAGCAAACUUUGUUUUAAGAUGAUACAUUAACAAUUUACUGAGGUUGGGAAACCUACUCCUUCUUAUAUCCAAAACUGCAGCUGAACUUUGAAGAGGAUAGUUAUAAAUACAAUACGUAUAAUUUAUUUAAUUCGAUAGCAUCUUAGUUUUAUUUAUAUAUAGGUCACAAUGACAGAUUCAUGGUUCAUACUUUUUAAUUUAGGUAUCGUAGCGUGAUUUCGAGAAUUAUGAAGUUGGUCAGAUCGCAUAUUUAACUAGGAAUGAAACAAAAUCACAAGUUAAUCUCACACUGUUGCGAAACAUUCGUUUCUUAAGCCCUAACUCUCAACCUUUUCAGAUAAGAUAAAAAAAACUGUAUCGAAAUUAGACAAAGAAUAAAACUCUUCCACUUUCUAGUUGUUCUCAAAAAUGUUUUUUAGUCAGGUUCUUGUUGUGAAUAGCUGCAACCAUUAAGCAGGUCUGAAAUUAAAUAUAAACUGUAUCAAUCUAUGAUAAUUUGUGUACUGUGUAAAAAUGCAGAAUACCUAUAAUACUUAAGAUUAUUCAGUCUCGCGAAAUUUAACAUAAAUAUAACAUCAUAUUAAAUUACUUAAGAACGAGAAUGUAUAAAUAUUGUUAUCGAUUUAAGAAGUUCAUAAUUCAUAUGCCAAGUUACAACAAACACGAAAAUACUAUAAAAAAAACAACAAAACGAAUUAAGUGUAAAAAAAUAAAAUAUUUUCCUCAAAACAAAUUGGUUCGGUUGACAAUCGAUCCGCAGGCACUACUGGCUUGAUUUGUGGGUUUACUUAAAGCUGGAAGCACAAAUCACAUAUAAUUCUGGGUGGUCCAUAAAAACGAAAAACCGAAAAACGAAAAAACGGGGAAACGGGAAAUUGCCUCACUGAGUUGCAUUCAACACCAGGCAUCAGCUGCUGUUUGUUUUCGUAGAUGACAUUAAAAACUGUAACGAUUGCUUUCUCAAGUUGUUGCCAUUUCGCUGGAACCGUUACACGUCCCAGUAUUUCACUUCCCAGCAUCGAAGCUGAAGCUGGAGUUCGAGAAGGAGCUAGGGUUGAGUUGGAGAUGGAGUUGGAGUUGGAGUUGUGUUGUUGUCGCCGGUGCUGGCAUCGUAAAUGCAUCAUUAAACCGAAAAAUGCAUGCGAAAAAUUUACGACAUUGCCAACACCGUACACCGUCAACUGUUUGCUGCGAGCUUCAGCUCCUCUUCUCCUCAACCUAUCUUCGACUGCGACUUCAGCUCAUCCAAGGGAAAGGCUGCCAGGUAGUAGCUACAAUAAUAUCCAGCAUCGUUCGCCGGCAUUAAACACGUCCAGGAACCAAGCGAUGCAGGGGGAUUGGGGGAGGAACUGCAGCAAGGGCUAUGAAUAUACUUGGUGGGUGUGAAACCUGGUUAUACUUACCUAGGCAAUGCGACGUGUGAAUGUGUGCGCUAUAAAGCUUAAAAGUGUUUAUGCAUCAAUUGUUCAAGGCGAUAGACGAAGGGCACCGAGAGAGACUGAGGGAAGGCAUUACAAUAAGUGAGAGGGAAAAGAGUGGUGACAUGAUUGGAAACUGCGCGAAGCGAUUUAAAAGCUAUAAGUUGUAGAAUACUCAAGUGCAUUCGAAGCCUAUAAAGUAGUUCAGAUAAAAAGCGCACUCGCAAUUCACAUAUCCCGAUAAGCUCAAUGCAAUAUAAUUUGAUAUUUGUAAGGAAUAAUUUAAGUAUAAAAAUAAAUCAAAAAUAUUUUUAAAUUUAUUUGUUAAUUAAUAGAGUACUUAUUUACUUCAAAAAUUUAAAUUUUUACUAAAACAGAUUAAAAAUAAAAUUUUAGGAAAGCAGUUUUCAGAACAAAUUAUAAUAAGUACAUUUUUAGAAUGUUCAUGAAACUGCCAUGUAUCUAAACUAGAUUACACAAAAAUUUGAUUUUUUUUAGUUUCACUUUUAUUGUAAUUUUCAUAAGGUGCAAACUCCUAUCAUCAAGGCUGUUAAAGCAAAAACUUAAAGGUCGUUGACAAAGACCAAAAGCACAUUUCCAGUGAAAAGCUUCAUAUCUGAGCAUGUUAAAGCUUCUGAAAUUCGUUGUUUUUAAUGAACGUAAAUAAAAAGUGCUGUUUAUAAUAAUCCUCUCACAUUGAAAGCUGUCCGAUUCUACGUGCUUGGGAAUAUUAUAUGCUGCUAAUUAACUUACGCAUCGCUGUAAAAAAUUUAUACAUGGAAAAGCUCGUCAAAUAAUUGAAAGCUUGUACAGAUCAGCGGUCAGUCAAUGUUAUCGAAUAAGCAGCCUAUUGAUUAUUGUUUAUGGUCUGGCUAUCACACUUUAUGAGCUUCUACGCCCAUUUAGGCAAAUGAGUCAACUUACAACAACUUUUAUUGCACAUUCCAUGAGGGUUAUUUGAGUCAUAGUAAUUUCUAGUCGGCAAAUACAUAAAUAGUCUUCGAGCUCACAGCUCAUCAGGAUGUGAAUGUCUUUUAACCCUAACUAGAAAUUCCUGUAGCUCAACAUUUUGCCAAUGCUUAUUAAAUGCUAUAGAAAAACGUUACCAAAGAAGAAGCUGAAGCAGAAGCAGAAGUAAAUGCAACAACAGCAGGAAGCAAAAAAUUGCAACUUUACGACUUCAUAUUGUGGGCGGGUCGUAAAAAAAUGUGCAGCGUCAACUGCGACGACAAAUACUACUGACAUUUUACUGCUCUAGAAGUAACAUACAUGCCGGAACUAGCUGCCACUUCUGCCAGACAUCAGAUAUACAAAUAUAUACUUACUGCCAAUAUAUAUUGACUAUAUAGAGGAGACAGAAUAUGAUGUAUUAGAGCUGUUUCCCAACUCCUGUUGGCCCUAGUUUGUCAUAAAUGGCCAAAAUGUGGCCUGGUCAUGGCGAUGUUGCCAUUAAAUUGAGCGAGCUUUCGAGCUGAUUGUCGCUGUCAUCUGCUGCUGUCGUCGUCUGCUAACCCAGUCAAGUGUAAAGUUAUUGUCCAAGGUUUUGUGGCCUGCAAACGGGCAGAUUAAAAAGCAUUUCAAGUCUGAGUGGAAGGAAAAAGCAGCUCAAUUUAAUGCCGGCAUUUAAUAAAAUUUAACAUUAAUCUAUUGAACAGUAUUUGAUUAACAAUUAUUGUUUAAUUUCCUAAGACUAAUUUGUAGUCGACAUUUAAAAUGUAUACAUUUAUUAUUCUAAAUGCUUAUACAAUUAAUAAUUUAAUUUUAAUAUAAUUUCACUACACUUUUCUAAAU